UGCGCCUGACGUCAUGCUGCUGCUGUGCUGCGUCUUCCUGCUGUGCUGCCGUCCCGCCGCGGGGGGUCCGCCCUGGCCCGGGAGUCAGUCUCCGGGGGUCCAGGAGGACUCGAGUCAGUCUCCGGGGGUCCAGGAGGACUCGCGUCAUCUCCUGCCGGUGUUCCGCCACUCGCGCCGGCCUCUCGUGGCCAAAGAGCUGCUGCGACCAUCUUCCCGCCGCACGCCACUUCCCGCCCAACUCGCCGCGCUCUUCUUCCCGCGGGAAAGUCCGGGCCGGAAGUGGCCGCCGGCUGCCAGAGUGCGUCCGGUGGAGGUUUGGUGCGGCAUGAAGGAAGUCCUGCUUCGCCUGGACCGCCUGCAGCUGCGCGCUUGGCCCGUUCCGGCUCGGUUCCGUUUGGGUUCUUGUCAGGCCGCCAACGUGACCUCGGACUUUCUCUGGUUCCGGUUCGCCCUCACGGACUGUGGCGCCAAAUCUCAGGUGUUUGCUGCUCAGCUGGUGUAUACUUUUACUUUGUACUACACUCCUCCACCACAACUACAAGUACUACGUGUACUACCAUUUGUACUACCCAUCCACUGCCAGUACAACAGGUUCCAUUACUCAUACCAGGUGGGCUUCACACCUGAACUCCAGCAGCUGACCUUCAUGAAGAAUGUCAGAAGUCAGAUGACCUUCAGCCUGAAAGUCUGCACAGAUGAUUGGGAGUCCGUCCCGACCGACCACUCGUUUGUGUUGGGAGAAUCUGUGAAUUUUGUAGCUGAGAGCGGACACGUGUUGCCAGGUGAGACCCUCUUUGUGGACUCCUGCUACGUGACCAGCUCCAAGGAGCCCAACAGCGUGCCCAAAGUGGACAUCAUCAGCAACUAUGGUUGUUUGACAGACGGUCUAAGGGUUGCCAGUUCCUCCAAGUUCUGGUCAAGAAAGGCUAACAUGCUCAAGUUUUCAAUCGAUGUUUUUCUCUUCCGAAACCUCUCCCAGGUACUGUACCUCCACUGUUCAAUGUCAGUCGCUCUCACCAUUUCCCACAACUCCAAGUCCUGCAACUACAACAAAUCUACUGGCAGGUGGGAGGAACUGCAGGCACCACCUUCAGUAUGCUCCUGCUGUACUUCCACAUGUGGGGACAUGCAGGACUCUGUGAAGAACAUUGUCAGCAGUCCUGGCUGGCGGACUCGCCAACAAGAUGACGACAGCAUGAAGGUGAUAGCUUCUCAGGGCAAGGAAUGGGUGGAAAGGGGAAAAAAAGUGGACCUUAUAAUGCUGGACACUUCCUGGAUGGAGACGGACUAUAAGACUGAGGAGACCGUUGAAGGAGACCAAGAACCGAGGCUGGAGACCAUUGAAGGAGACCAAGAACCGAGGCUGGAGACCAUUGAAGGAAACCAAGAACCGAGGCUGGAGACCAUUGAAGGAGACCAAGAACCGAGGCUGGAGACCAUUGAAGGAGACCAAGAAGCGAGGCUGGAGAUCAUUGAAGGAGACCAAGAACCGAGGCUGGACACCAUUGAAGGAGACCAAGAACCGAGGCUGCACACAUUCAUCAACAAUGAUGGCACAACUUACCAGCAGGGCUGGAUGGAAGAACAACACACUGACGGCCAAAAAAUGGAACCAACACCAGAUCCCAGGGUUAUGUUGGAUCAAGAGAAGGCCACCAAUGGUUGGAUGGACAACAGUACACAGAAUCCCAGCCUUGUUGGGGAUCUUGGCUCUGCGGGAAACAUUUCCUCUAAUGUGAUUUCCCUUGUGGAGCUGUUCUGCUCUAAUAUUGAUGCAAACCGCUGCCUGCCCACAGGUGAUGCAUUGAAGGGUCCAAGCGGGCAGAACACGGAGGAAAUGAACUUUCCUGCCUCAGCUGAGAGCCCACCUGUGUCAAAUAUGUUGGACAACAGUCAGUCUACUAUUGUGUCCUUGGACAGACCGGUAGAAGACUUACCAGAGCCAACAGAUGACUACGUUAGCAGUAAAGACCUAGACGGACUUAACGAUUGGUUUCAAAGUGGACAGAUCAGAGGUUUGGAAUGGGACCAGUUGGCCCAGUUCAGACACCUGAUGUGUGCUGAAGGCUUGCUUGAGCAGACUGAUUGUAAUUCUGAAGGUGAAGAAGGUGAAGCUCUCUACCGUGGCAGCUUGGACGUGGCAGUCAAGACAAGUGAAGAACGGAACCAGUACUUUGGUGCCGGUCCAGGUUUGAGGGUUUCAGAGGAAGUGCUGGACAAGCCCCGACACUCUGCAGUGGUAAUCGUUACAAGUGGGAUGGAAGAGAGCGGCCACAUACCUGACCAGGUGUGGGGCUAGCAAACUUUGGACUAACGUGGACAGAAUGUAGAUUCUUUGAUUGUGUCCGUGCUCGGGAGUUAAACUUCUAAAAACACAACUAGUGGACGUCUUAAGAGUAUAAACACUUUCAAUGCCAGAAAGUCACCUGUGUUUUUUAUUGCAAUCAACCACCAAUUAAUCUCACUUUAAUUGUUUUUUUCAUGGGGAGCAAUAAAUAUUCAGUAAAAU